CUUCCUGAAGACUCGAAACUUACGACAUCUAACAAAAGGAACUCAGUCAGUUGUUUGCAGCCCGUCAUUUCAGUAUGCCGGCCACUCUCUCCGUGUUCGCCUCCCUCGUCAAGAGCUUCCGCCAGGUGGUUGACAGGUAUCCCGUGACUCGAGGGAUGGUGACCUACUCAAUAUUGUGGCCGUCAGGGAACCUCCUGCAGCAGGGCCUUGACGGAUCACGGGAGGUGUGGGACUUUCGGGAGGCAGCGCGCUACGGCCUCUACGGCAGCCUGGUGACGGCGCCCCUGAUCCACUACUGGCUGCAACUGCUGAACCGUUUCCUGCCUGGUGCCUCCUUCUACCACGCCUUCGCUAAGGGAUACGUGGACCAGCUGGUGUUCGCGCCCUUCAAUAUCUCGCAGUUCUUCCUGGGAAUGUCGUUGGUGGAGGGCCGUCCACUGGAUGAGGCGCUUGAUGAGUGGGACCGAAAAUUCUUUUCCACGUGGAUGAUCAGCUUGUCGGUGUGGCCGCUGAUCCAGAGCAUCAACUUCAGCUUGGUGCCAGCCAAGAACAGGGUGAUGGCCAUCUCAUGCGGCUCUUUCCUUUGGAUGGUGUUCCUCUCCUACAUGCAACACACCAAGGCCGAUGACUUACCGCAAGGACUCUCAAAACGCCGGGUGCACUACGACUACCACGAGGGUCCCAGGGAGGUGUUUGGUUACAGGCCGUCUACGUGGAACUGUUCGGGGCUGGACGCGGUCAUGGCCAUGGCGUCCCACCAAGGGAACAGAACGAUGCUUUCAUGCAUGGGGACUGACGAAGAAUCAGGGUCUCGGGGUAACACUGGCAGCCUUGUGCGCCAAGCAAACUUUUGUUGAUAUUUUAUCCGUCCAUGGUAAGAUAUACUACUCCUCUCGAAAUAUUCACUGUCAACAACUGUUUCCUCGCCUCACACCUUCCUACUUUCACAUUUUCUUUUCUGAAAACUACGUUUGCCUCACAUCUUCGCGGUUCUCCUCUCAGCAAGGAAAGGACCGUGCCAUCGAAUAAAAACCCAUUCCCACAUUCCCAACUUUGAUCUCGAACCACUGCUACCUUGGGAUAGUAGAAAAUAUAGACAAAUCACUAGGAAGUUUGAGUUCGGUAAGGCUAUACUCGAAAAAUUUACUCUCAGUUCGAAAGAAAUGUAGCUGUCAAAGUUAUUAUUAUUUUUUUUUUAAUCCUGCUCGGACAAAAAAGAUCAUAGUAUUUCGUAAAUUAUUCAUAAGUAGGGCACUGCGAUUCAUAGGAUAAAAUAUUUCAUGCGUAAUAGAUCGUGGAUUUAAAAAAAAGUACCGAUUCCUAGGACUAGCAUAUGAAUUUCCAUGAUCUGUUACGAUCACCGUCACGAUUAAUUAUAAUGAUUAUAGAUUUUUUUUUUUUUUUCGGAGAGAAUCUCUCUCUCUCUCUCUCUCUCUCUCUCUCUCUCUCUCUCUCUCUCUCUCUCUCUCUCUCUCUCUCUCUCUCUCUCUCUCUCUCUCUCGACUUGCUACAAAGUUGCUACGAUGUGCUGCGGUAUAACUAUACCUUUUUCCGAGCUGUCAUGAUUUCAGCUCACGGUUAGUCAUUAUAUAGCUGUAUAAUAGACCUCCGCCUAUCACUUGUGCCCAAAGUCCAGUGCCGGUUUUGAAGGUGACACCACAGAAACCUUAAGCUGCCAAGCAUGGACCAAAGGCCAACUCACUUUAGUUUGAGCAAUCUCAGCUUACGUAUUUCUCUGGCCACGUCUGAGCGAGGUGUGGUCAUAAUCUCAAAGACCAUUCUUAAUAUUUAUAAGGCUGGUGACAUCCUACCGUGGUCAGCUUAUUCGUUAUUAGUAGUACUAAAUUACCUUGUGACUGUAUUUCAAACAAGUCAAAUAAAGUUGUGUAAAUUUAAUAAACAAGUGAAUUUGUA